AUGAGUAAAAUUCCACGUGAUACGUUGAUGGAGUGUGUGAACGAGGUGCUGCGGAUGUCCAAAGAGAAGCAGCGUAAAUUUCGUGAAACAGUGGAGCUACAGGUGGCGCUGAAGAACUACGACCCGCAGAAGGACAAGCGAUUCAGCGGAUCCGUGAGACUCAAAAAUGCCCCGAAACCAAGCAUGAAAGUAUGUGUGCUGGGCGAUCAGCAGCACUGUGAUGAGGCUAACACAUGUGGCAUACCAUGCAUGAAUGCAGACGAUCUGAAGAAACUGAACAAAAACAAGAAGCUCAUCAAAAAGUUGGCAAAGGGCUAUGAUGCAUUUCUGGCAUCGGAAGCUUUGAUCAAACAGAUUCCGCGCAUUCUUGGACCGGGACUGAACAAGGCUGGCAAGUUCCCGAGUGUUGUCUCUCAUUCGGAAUCGCUGGCAGCCAAAGUAUUAUGCCUAUCAGUGGCAGUUGGACAUGUGGAGAUGGCGCCGGAAGCGUUGGUCUCGAAUAUAGCACUAUCAAUAAAUUUUCUCGUUUCGUUGUUGAAGAAGAAUUGGCAGAAUGUGCGAUCGCUACACAUAAAGAGUACUAUGGGACCGUCGCAGCGGCUUUAUUAA